AAUAUGCAUUAUCACGUGCAAUCGGCAUAUAUAUUUUAUAUGAUCUGCGUGCGAACUUUACAAUUAUCUUUUGUAAAUUAUAAAAAUGCCGAGAGGUUCAAAAAAACAAAACCCUCUAAAUAUGUUUCCUACAUCACCUCCAAUGAUAAAUCUAGAUGAUGAUCCACCGGAUUAUUUACCAGAAUUAUCAAAAUUUUCAAAAAUAACUUCAGACGAUAGUGCAUAUAAAUCUUGGAUAUGUUUAUAUCCAAUUUAUUUCGAUUCGACCAAAUCUGUACAGAAAGGAAGAAGAGUUAGUAAGGAUAUAGCUUCCCCACAUCCUUUGGCAAAAGACAUUGCUGAAGUUGUAAAGAACAUAGGAAUAAAUUGUUUAUAUGAACCACAUAAAGGACACCCUUGUGAUUGGGAAAAUCCUGGUAGAGUACGCGUACAAUUGUUUAAUGAAGAUAAAACACCUUUUAAGUCAGAAAUUCCAACUCGUAAAGAAUUAAUCAAAAGAGUAGCAUCAUCAUUACCAGAAAUUCAAAAAAUUAAUCCGCAACAAUUUCCACCAAGUCAUUCUCCUGCUGCUUCUAGUGGUAUGCUAAAAGAAGGAAAAGGAGGCGGUGAUGUUGGUAGUUCAAACACUUCAGCUACAACUUCUGGUCAAUCUAUAUCUUCAGCUAGCGGUUCUUCCAAAAAGAAAGGAAGAAAAGGAAGAAAAUAAUUUUUUUUUUCUUGAGAAAGACAAUUCAAUUUUUUAAACAAAUUCUUUGGCUUACAGACUAAUAUUAAAUUUUUAAAUAUUUAAUAAUAAUACAUUAAAAAUAAAAUACAUAUUAUGAAAACUACCAAAUAUAUAUUGACAAACUAUGCACUUGGGGUAUCAAAUAAUCUAUCACCGGCAUCUCCUAA